AUGCGUCUGCCCAGAUCUUCCCAUGCCGAGUAUCGCAGGGUGAGCACAAUUCGGAGCCGGAAGGGAACGAGCGAGCGUCUCCAGACAGUUCGCACCUGCACUUUGGCUUCCGAUGGCGAGGAUGCAUCGCAUUCGGCCUCCGUCUUGGUGAUUCCAGGUGCUGUGCAGCAUCGGGAAUGGCUCGGGUUUGGGGGGAGCUUCACGGAAGCUGCUGCAGACACGUUUAGGCGGAUGAGUGUGCCAAAGCAGUCGCACAUCAUCCAUGCGUACUUUGACCGAAAUGGGCUGGGCUACUCCUUGGGGCGCCUUCACAUCGGGUCUUGCGACUUUUGCCUCGGAAGUUGGAGUUGUGGAGACUUCUCAGAUGAGUCCCUGAACGGCUUCAGCCUGGAGCGGUAUGAAGUGGCCAUUCUCCCCAUGGUCCGAGCUGCAAUGCAGCUGGGGCCCCUCUCGUUGCUCGCGAGUCCCUGGAGCCCCCCUCCUUGGAUGAAGAGCAACGGGAAGUUCAACCUCGGGGGCAAGCUUCUGCCCCGAUACCGUGCGUGUUGGGCCAAGCACUUCGUGUGCUUCGCGCAGGAGAUGGCCUCACGUGGCGUCCCUUUGUGGGGGGUCUCUGUUCAGAACGAGCCUGAGGCUGCCACUCCCUGGGAGUCCUGCCAGUGGACAGGUGCUGAGGAGGCGGCCUUCAUCCGAGACUUUCUGGGCCCAAUGCUGCAGCAAGAAAAGCUUGACCUGAAGAUUGUGGCGUGGGACCACAACAGAGAUGGAAUGCUGCAGCGCGCGGCGUCUAUCUACAGCGACCCAGACGCUGCCAAGUACGUUUGGGGAAUCGGGUAUCAUUGGUAUGGCGACCCACGAUUUGAGUGGUGGCCGGGCCGCGCGGAGGUGCCUUUCGAGGAUGCCCUGCGUGUCCUGGCCGCUGCCAGAAAACUUCCGGCGCCGGUCAUGAAGUUCUUGGCUGGUUCAGAGCAUUUGGAUGGCACGAUGCACUUUCCAGAGCUUCGUGGUCGGCUUUGUCUAGACAGCGUCCGGCAGACCGCUGACCUGAGGCCUGACAAGCACCUCCUCUUCACGGAGGGCUGCCAAGAGCUGGGAGGCAGAAGUCUCAGCUCCAUGCUGGACAGCUGGAAGACAGGGGAGCGUUAUGGCAUGAACAUCAUUGCCGACCUCAAUUCGGGCUGCGAGGGCUGGAUUGACUGGAACCUUUGCCUGGACGAGCUUGGUGGUCCAAACCAUGUCGGUAACUUUUGCCUUGCACCGAUCAUAUGUGACACUCGUUCGGAUGAGGUCCUCCUUCAACCUGCUUACUGGUUCCUGGGCCACUUCUCCAGGUACAUUCGGCCAGGGGCCCGCCGGGUGCUUUGCAGCUCGAGUCGAGAUCUCCUGGAAUGCACUGCCUGGCGCAAUGUGGAUGACACCCUUUCAGUUGUUGUAAUGAACCAGUCAGAGAGUGACUUGGAGUUCACGCUGAGGAUUAGUGGCUCGGGUGCUACCACGGCGGAAGCGCCCUCACAUUCGAUCACAACAUUCAUUGUCGAGAAUGGUGGAUCUCACAGCGCAUCUCGCUUGUAG